AUCGGAAUCUAAACCUCACCUUCGGAUUCACUCUCUGAAUUCAUAAGAACCGCAACAAAUCACAUGACAAACGAUGCAGAAAAAUAUCUUGACGCUGAUAUACCAGACCCGACCGACUUCAAAACGGACGCCCCCGGCUUGCGCCAGCUUGACCAGGCUCUGCGCUGCACGAUGUGCCGCGAGCUGUUCCAGGCACCUGUGACGGUGAACUGUCCGCAUGGACAUUGCUUCUGUUCCUAUUGUAUACGCAACGCGAUGAUGACAAAAGAGGAGUGCCCACUAUGUCGAGGUCAGAUCAACGAGGUGCAUAUACGGAAGAACCCUGCGAUGGAGGAUGCUGUGAGAGCAUGGGGUAUAGCCAGACCCUUCGUCCUCCAGAUUCUCAAGGAACGAGCCGACGCGGAGGCAACAGCUGCUGCUCCAGCCAAAGCGACACAAAUAAUAGGGAAUACGAAAUCAAAGAAACGGAAAAUUACCCCACAGUCAGACUCGGACAACGAGAUUGUUGAGAUUGAAGAACGACUGGCACCCUCAUCAGCUGGCAAAGCCUCUUCCUUGUCCCUCGUUUCGUGUCCGGCAUGUAACAAAAAUGUGCCCAUGAAGGAGAUCAACAAUCAUCUCGACGCAGGCUGCCCGCCACCGUCGUCAUCCGGGCUCAUCUCACCACCCACGCCUUCGAAAGACAAGGGCAAGCAAAAACAGGAGUGGUCGCAGUUCUUCGACGGUGCUGGUGCGAGGCCCAGCGCGAAGAAAGGCAGAGGCAAGGCGCGCGCGCCUGAACUCAACAACGAGUACACUGAGCCGCUGCCCAAAGUUGCGUACGAUACCGUGACGCAGAAACGGCUACGGGAGAUACUCGAAGAGUAUGGGCUGUCUACCGCAGGAGACAAGAAUAUGAUGGCGGCGCGACAUUCGCGGUACGUUAACACGGUCAAUGCGAAUCUCGAUGCGUCGCCGGCGCAGCGCAAAAGCGUGAAGCAGCUGCAGGUUGAGAUGAGAAGAUGGGAUGAGGCGGAGGAGAAGAAGAAGACGAGGAAGAAGGUGGACGCGAAAGAUUUCGAUCCAGAGGAGUACCAGAGGGAAAACAAGUCAAUGUUUGCAAAACUCGUUCAAGCUGCGAGAGCGAGGCCGCCACAGAAGCGUGCUGUGUCACCAGAAAGCUCGCCAAAUGCAGGCAAGGAGUCAUCGCCAGCUGCUCCGCCGACAGAGAGCUCCAGUCCGAGGCAGUUGUCCACGGAGAGUCCGAGUCGGCGCAUGAUGGUUGAUGAUGAUGACUAGGCACUGUAUCCAGGCUAAGUUUUGAGUAUGGAAUCCCUAUGUUUGCUUUAUGCUUAACCAUGCAAAGCUUUCGCUUUCUAUCCUGGCGCCACUCAAUUAUAGACCCAUACAUCAUGAUACAAUGAAAUUAGAUCAAUAUAUGCUAUUACAAGACAUGCAACAUCAACAAAGCAACUGCAAGAAGCACGAGACUGUUAGACUGUCCAUAUAUACAAGCAUAGCAUGUGAAAACCAAGAAAGCAAUAGCGAGAGUUUGACAAGAAACUUCAAGAAAGCAGGCACUAAUGCAGCAGCAUAACAUACCCAAGACUACGCCGAAUCGUCGCUCUCAUCCUCGGACGACAACGUAUCAAGCUCGGGGUAUACCCACACGUUGUUCCGCUCUUCAUCAGUGAGUGGUGGCGCACGCACGUCGCCACGCCGCACGACGCGUUCCUCGUACUGGGUAACGUGCUGGGGAAGCGGGAAGCCGUUCUCGUCGUAGGGCGAAGACGCGCGACUCUCGAGCUCCAUGUCAACAUCGUGCUCGGACGUCGGGGGUUGUUGCGGAGAAAACAGCAUGUUCAUGUCGCCGUCGUCGUCGCCAUGCACGUGUUGCUCGCUGACAACCAUGUCCGAGCUGCGCGACCCGUGUCCCGGCGGCGGUGGCGGCGGCGACGGCGACGACGUAGGUGUCACGGACAUGCUCGACUCCUCAAGCCAUAUGAUAUGCGCCGGGCUGCUUGCCUCGCGCACAGCGAGGUCCUCGAGCUCGAGCGGCGCGCCGGCCAGGUUUGUGAACGUAAUUGCGGCGUCCUCUUCCUCUGCAGCCUGCGGGUAGAGGUCGACGCUCGGCGACAUGUGCAUGUCCUCGUCUAGGUGUGAUGAGGCACUUGCGCCAAAGCUGACGAUAGGACUGUUGAGCAGGAGCUAGGAGCUGUAAGC